GUUAUUUCAGACCAUGUAUAGUUUAGUCAAUUCUAACUUCAGUCGGUUAUAUAAUCCUGGCGGGAAACAAAAUGCCUUAUGUGAUAUUAAAAGAUUAUUAACAUCCAGGGAUCCGAAUGCCCAAAGUAAAGCAUGUGGCUACCUUUUAGAAGUAAUUAAUAGAUAUGACGUUAACAGUUCCGAGAGAAGACGGAUGAUCAAUUAUUUACUAGAUAAUGAUAUUACUGUGUUUUUGUGUGAAGCAACUUCGAAUUUAGACUAUUCUCUCUUUCGGUCAGUUUCUGAUUGCAUACGUCUUAUUUGGCGGGAAAAACGAUUCUUCGUUGAGGAGCAUGCAGCAAUCUCAUUGGCGGCCGUUGUCCGUGCUUUAACACAUUACACAGCCAUCGACGCGUUCAGAGCUAUUGACACUUGCUUACACUUUACAUGCGACUUAUUAAAUGGAAUUAAAUUUCACGAGACAACUUCACCGCUUUCCUAUCAAAGCGCUUACAGUGCCGAACAACUUUUAUUUAGUUUUAUGAACCUAUCAAGUCGAAUCUGUAAUAAAGAAGGCACUGUUCUGUGCAGUGCUUUAGUACUACAUGCCCUUAUAUCGUAUCAACCAGAGAACUUAGACCUAAGAGGAAAUGUUAUUAGUUCGUUAGUAGAAAUCUUAGAAAAAUGGUUUGAUUUACUAUUUGGAGUUUUAAAUCAUACUGUUCUAGUAGGGGACAGCGGAAGUCUAGGCAUGCUUUUUGUAACAUCUUGCCAACUAGGAAUAGAUUCUUUAAAGCUCAUAACUGUUCUGGAAAAAGGUAAGGAGCCUUCGAAAUUAGUACAAAAAAUAUUAAUCGAUCAGCAGGAAAUUAAUUUGAGAGAACAAUGUUCUUUAAAAAUUAAAAGUUGCGUUCAGAAACAUAUAAACGAUAUCGUAAAUUUCGUGAAGGAAUAUCAAGAAAUCACAACUAGUGAGGAGUACAGCAUAUUUUUAAAGUUUCUUUUAAUUUUUAUGAACAAGAACGCUAAAACAGAUGUAUUAUAUGACCUCUGUGACAGUUUACUUUCAAAAGGAUAUUUAGCGAUGUUGCCACAAGCACAGAUUAAAAGAAACGACGUAACUGUACGAAAAAUAAGUACCCUCGUUUUGGGUGAAAUUCUGAAAGUUUUAGCCGAAAAAUAUUUAUACGUAAAAGACAAUAGUAGUACCGUGGCGUGUGUUAACGAUAUUAACUUAGGUUUAGUUGAAUUACAAUACGGAGUGGAAAAACCUCAAGACAUAGGGAGACAGCUUCAGAAAAAUCAACCUUACAGUCUAUUGAUAUAUAUAUAUUUCUACUGUCAAUCAUCUGACAAUACGAGCGUCGUAACGGCGCCACUUCUGCCGUAUCUUAUCGAACACAUACUAAGGAAUCCGCUCAAUUCAAAACCACCGGGUUAUAUUAUAAAGGCUCUGUGGCUUGUUUUCGCUAUGUCAACAUUAUCAAACGGGUCAUUAGAUUCUCUCGACCAAAGGGUGUAUCUAGAGAAGGCUACGGAGCGCCUUUUGUCAUUCUUACAUCCAGAACCCAUGAUAUAUUACACACACAACCCAGCUAUAUUGUUUUGGACUUUCACGUCUUUGAGAAUACAUAAUAAUUUUAAAUUAGUUGUCUUGUCUGAAUGGUUUAGAACAGAGAGUUCCUUACCCGAGGAUAUAGCUAAGGAAAGAUUAGUUUGGGAAUUAGUUCUGAACGUGAUAAUUCAAAGUAAGGACAGGACGAUAUCGGCGAACUGCAUGGAGGCGCUGAACAUCAUUAUAGAAGACGGAAGUGAUGCUGACAAAGAAGAAUUUGCAUCUCUAACCUGGGGAUUACUCCCGGAGGUUUUAUCGAAAGCCCUGAUAGAUUCCCAUGAUGCACUACUAGACACAAACAUCACGUAUAUCCUCGACAUUGCUACGUCACAUCCGCCAACUCAGAUCGAACAGUCGAUAUGUAUAAAAGUGGCCGUUUUCAUCACGACUCUCUUCACUAAGUCAAUAACAGAUAUAGAUUUUAAGGCUAGAUAUGAUUAUGAGUACGUCUGUUUGAAACUGUGCUUGAUACUGCUGGGAAUGUCCAAGGAGGAGAGCGAUAAUAAAGUAUCACUAACAUAUAUAAAUCGCGAGGGAUUUCUAUCGUGCGUUUUAUCUUCUAUCGGAAGCUCCGAUGAUGGCGUCUCAUACGCGGCUGUAGAACUACUGACUUACAUAGUAUACAACUUUACUAAGAAUAACUACCAACCGACGUCAGUUCUAGAAAUACAAACAGAUGUUAUAAUAAACUACCUGCGUCAAGAUUGUGAUAACGAGCGUUCGACGUCUUUAUUACAAUUAAUUUAUAUGAUAUUCAACUCUGGUGGCAAUACGCCAUUGGUUCUGAAUUAUAAUUUCUAUACGAAUCCUUCGGAAAAUCUUAGUUACAACGGUUUGAGAGCUUUAAUGUUUAGAGUUCAAAUGAUGCUCUGCAGUAGGGACUCUAAAAACCAAUCACCAACCGGAUGGAAAACUCUUAGCUCAAUUUUCAAAUAUGCUAUCUCAUAUAAAAACGAUCCCAAACUAGUGGCAACCCUAACAUCUCAGCCGUGGACACACACGCUCAUAAGAUUCCAACUAACACAGAACAUAACACAAGAAUUCCUAACAUUCACAAAAAACUGGUUGACACUACUCAAAAUAACGAUAAAGAAAAAUAGAGACGUUACCAAAUAUUAUAUAUCUAAACAUAGCCUUAUUUAUCGAACUUUAACCCUGUUGAAGAAUAACUUGAACGGCGAUGAUUUAAAGGAAUCUAAAAAGGAGGUUUUAGUUAUUGUUAAUGACAUUAAAGAGUGCGGUCGAGGUAGAGAUUAA